AUGCUGCAAACUCGCUUCGAACGUCGAGGUCAUGAGGAAGACUUGGACCAGGCUAUCGCACAUCAGAGGGAAACGCUGGCAUUGUUCCCGGUUGAUCACCCAGAUCGAUCCACGUCAUUAAAUAACCUUGCAACUCAACUUUCCUUACGCUUUCAGCACCAAGGCAACGACAAAGACUUGGAUCAGGCUAUCACACUUCACAGGGAAGCGCUUGCUUUACGCCCGGUCGAUCACCCAGAUCAGUCGUCGUCAUUAAGUAACCUUGCGGCUGAACUCUCCUCCCGCUUUGAGUACCGAGGCAACGAUGAAGACUUGGAUCAGGCUAUUGCACUUCACAGUCAAGCGCUGGCUUUGUUCCCGGACGGUCACCCAGAUUGGCCCAAGUCAUUAAAUAACCUUGCAGUUGAACUCUCCUCCCGCUUUUACCACCAAGGCAACGACGAAGACUUGGAUCAGGGUAUUGCACUUCACAUGCAAGCCCUGGCUUUGCGCCCAGACAGCAACGACGAAGACUUGGAUCAGGGUAUUGCACUUCACAUGCAAGCCCUGGCUUUGUGCCCAGACGGCCACGUAGAUUGGCCUAAGUCAUUAUAUGACCUCGCGAAUCAACUCUCCUCCUGCUUUCAGCACCGAGGCAAUAUAGAAGACUUCGACCAGUCAGCAGAGAAUCUAUGCUGUGCAUGGACUCUGUUGACGCAACAUGAUCCUCGUCAAUUAGCAGUCCAUGAGUCGCUAGCUAAGGUCUAUCUAUCAUUCCAUCAUUCAGGGCUUGAUGACACCGGCACGGGAGAAGAUACUGACAGUCUGAAUGUGGCCAUGCAUCAGCUCAAUGCAGCAGCAAAUGUUGUCUCUGCAGGUUUGCUGCCUCGCCUGCGAGCCAGUCUGCGCUGUGUUCGCCAUGCUCGUCAACAUUCACAUGAUACUGAACUGGAGGCUUAUGCAACUUCCAUGCAACUUCUGGACACCUACAUGUCCACGACAGCUUCAGUAUCGUCUCGUCACAAUAUCAUGAAGAACUUUCCAAGUAGCCUUGCCGUGGAUGCCGCAUCAUACGCUGGUGAUCAUGCAGCAGCCUUGAUGAAGAAAUUCAGAGGCCUCAGCUCCCUCCUCGCUAAACCUGCUGCGAACUAUCCAGAAGCAAUCCCAAGAGUUGAUGUAGAGGCAGAAGAAACGAAGUACAGAUGUCUAGUGAAGGACUGGAAUGAAGCCGUAGAAGAUAUCCGGGAGAUCGAGGGCUUCUCUCGCUUCCUCCUCCCCCCCUUAUUCUCUGAUCUUCAAGAUGCGGCUCGUGAUGGGCCUAUCAUUGUGCUCAUUGCAAGCGAGUCGUCUUGCGAUGCCAUUAUUAUCCCACACAGGCAACCUCCGACAAACAUUCAACUUCCUACCAAUUUUGAGAAACUCCAGAGAUUGGUGCUCGCAGUCCAAAAGGCAAUUGAUAAAGGGGCCGGUCCUACAGGGAAGCAACCAGUGCUGACAAAAGCUUUGAGGGAGUUGUGGAACGAUGUCGUCUGCCCAGUGGUCGAGAUUCUGGGUGGAUUGGCACAAUGA